AUGGAUCGGAGUUGGAUGAAAAGACCAUGCAUAACUGAAGAGUACGAGAAUGGGGUUGAAGAUUUCUUGCAAUUUUCCAAACAAAUUGCUCCAGACUUUCGUGGGGUAUACUUCUGUCCAUGUGUGAAAUGUUUGAAUGGUCGACAACAAUCUUUGGAUGACAUUAGAACACAUCUGAUAUGUGAUGGUAUCUGUCCUACUUAUAGAAGAUGGAUAUGGCAUGGUGAGUUAUCAGAAAUGUCAUCAACCCCUCGAAAUGUUGGAGUUCAUGAAGAAGUCAGUGAUCGUAUAGAAGACAUGCUACGCGAUCUUGGACAAGAGGGUUUUAGGCAAACACAUGCACCAUAUUAUGAAAAGUUAGAUAAUGAUUCAAAGAAACAGUUGUAUGUCGGAUGCACUAAGUAUACACGAUUGUCAGGGGUGUUAGCUUUGGUGAAUUUGAAAGCAAGAUUUGGGUGGAGUGACAAAAGCUUCAACAAAUUACUGUUAUUAUUGAAGAAUAUGCUUCCUGAAGAUAACACGCUACCGAAGAAUCAUUACAAGGCAAAGAAGAUAUUAUGUCCGGUUGGAAUGGAAUACCAAAAAAUACAUGCUUUCCCUAACGAUUGUAUCUUGUAUAGGCAUGAGUAUGCUGAACUGCGCAACUGCCCAACAUGUGGCGUGUCACGCAACAAAGUGAAUUCCAAUGAUUGCGGUGAAGAUGCAACCACAUACAAAGAUCGUCCAUCCAAAGUUUGUUGGAUCAAAGAUGGAUUGCUCCGUCAUCCUGUUGAUUCUCCUCAAUGGAAAACAAUUGAUCAGUUGUAUCCAGAGUUUGGCCAAGAUCCCAGAAACUUAAGGGUUGGUCUGGCUUCGAAUGGAAUGAAUCCAUUUGGAAACUUGAGCUGCAAUCAUAGUUCGUGGCCUGUUUUGCUAAUGAUCUACAACCUCCCUCCUUGGUUGUGCAUCAAGCGGAAGUACAUUAUGAUGUCUAUGAUGAUAGCCGGUCCAAGACAACCAGGAAAUGACAUUGACGUGUAUCUUGCUCCCUUGAUUGAAGACCUCAGAAAAUUGUGGGUAGAAGGGGUUGAUGUGUAUGAUGGGAAUGCUCAUGAGACCUUCAAGUUGAGUGCCUUGAUAUUUUGUACCAUUAAUGACUUUCCAGCAUAUGGUAAUUUGAGUGGAUAUAGUGUGAAAGGCCACCACGCAUGUCCCAUAUGUGAGAAAGACACAAGUUACAUCCAAUUAAAGCAUGGCAAAAAGACAGUGUAUACAAGACACCGAAGAUUUUUAAAACCUUUUCACCCAUAUAGACGAAUGAAGAAAGCCUUUAAUGGGACAUCUAAGAUUGACAGUGCACCGAUUCCUUUGUCAGGUGUUGAAGUUCUUGAUCAGCAAUUAUUGCUUGUUGCCAUUCGUGGUAUAUUGCCUGACAAAGUAAGGGUUGCAAUAACUCGAUUGUGUUUUUUCUUCAAUGCCAUCUGCAGCAAAUUCAUCGACCCGAAACAGUUGGAUGAUUUGGAAAAUGAGGCUUCCAUUAUCAUUUGUCAGUUGGAGAUGUAUUUUCCACCAGCCUUUUUUGACAUAAUGGUUCACUUGGUUCUUCAUCUGGUUUGA